AAGAAGGAGUCGGCAGAAGGGAAGAAGAAGAUGCGCCAGAAGAGGAUGAGGUGGAAUUUAAAAAUUAAAAUUAAAAUUAAAAUUAAAAUCAAAAUUCAAUAAUUGAAGGAAGCAUUCUCUUUCUCUCUCUUUCUGAUUGAGUUCUCACUACCCAAGAUGCCAAUGCCGCAGCAAAAACCCCUUUCUGAAACUCGAAUUUCUUCAGAAUCUCUAUGUCUCAAGAUUGGAGCACUGGCUUUUGAUUCUGACGAUGCUGGAACUGAUAUUUACCUAAAAUUGGGUCUGAAUGAGAAGGGCAAAGGAGUACUGAGAACACCGAGGUUCUUGUCACUCUUAUCCUCUCUUCUUGACAAUUGUGUCCAAAAGAAUAACAUGUUGUUGGAGACGGCACAAAUUGAAGAUGUCCUCACUGUAUUUCAUGGUUCAAGAGCCCCACCUGUCAGCAUACAACAAUAUUUUGACCGAAUGUUCAAGUAUGCAGGGUGUAGCCCAUCCUGUUUCAUUGUGGCAUACAUUUAUGUGGAUAGAUACCUUCAACAAACCAAGACUUACUUAACUUCCCUCAAUGUCCACCGGCUUCUAGUUGCUAGUGUUAUGGUGGCUGCGAAAUUUGUUGAUGAUGCAUCCUUUAACAAUGCAUAUUAUGCCAAAGUUGGAGGUAUAAGCACUUCAGAAAUGAACAGAUUGGAGAUGAAGUUACUGUUUACCAUAGAUUUUAGGCUUCAAGUAAACGUAGAUACAUUUAGGAGAUAUUGUUUGCUAUUGGAAAAAGAAGAUGGAGGAUGUCAAAUUGAUUGGCCAAUCAAGACAUGUUGGGUUAAAGAGAGUUGGUCAAGAAAUGGCGAAUACCCAGACACGAGUCCAGUUGCUAGAUGACCCACUUGGUCACUCUGGUUGUAGUACAAGUAGAUUUCACAAUGUACAGUCGUCCUGCAUUCAACGAAGUUAGUUCGACCAAUGCCCGGUUAAAUCAGGUAUGGAAUGUAGGUCUUUGGAGGUUCUCCAAUCCUCUCUAAAUGUAUAAUAGCACUUCAGGAUUAUUUGUUAUACUACUAUUCUUUUUUUUUUUUUGAGGGAUACUAUUAUUCUUUUUUCUACUCUGAUAUGUUCCAACUGUAAAAGUGCCAUGAGUUAUAAAAGGGCAUCUAUGAUUCUAUGUUCA